UCAGAGAUGGCGUUGUGGAGGAAGGGGCGGGAGCUCGGACCAAUCGGCAGCAGCGUUGCUGCGUGAAGUCGCCUCAUCGUGGUUCCUCCUGAAUCAUGGCAGACGAAAAUGAGACAGCAACAAAAGAAAUUGAAGAGCAUGACGGGUGCGGUAGCGACUGUGAGAAUGAAGAGGAGCACGCACACAGUAAAGGUAAAAGUCCCGGGGAUGAAACGGGAGCAAAGAAGAAGAAAAAGAAACCGAAGCGGAAGAAGGAGAAAGGUGGAGGGAAGCUAGACUCGGACGAUCAAUCAAAGGUUAACUCAUUACCUGCAGAGAAGCUGCAGGAGAUCCAGAAGGCCAUCGAGCUAUUCUCUGUUGCCCAGGGUCCAGCAAAGAGCAUGGAGGAGGCCACCAAACGUAGUUACCAGUUCUGGGACACCCAGCCAGUGCCAAAGCUUGGUGAAGUAGUGACAGUCCAUGGCCCUAUUGAGCCAGACAAGGAUAAUAUUCGACAAGAGCCCUAUAGUUUACCACAGGGAUUUCUUUGGGAUGCCCUGGACCUUGGGAAUGCUGAAGUGUUGAAGGAACUGUACACCCUGCUGAAUGAGAACUAUGUGGAGGAUGAUGACAACAUGUUUAGAUUUGAUUACUCACCUGAGUUUUUACUAUGGGCUCUGCGCCCCCCUGGCUGGCUGCUUCAGUGGCACUGUGGUGUACGGGUCGUCUCCAACAAGAAAUUAGUGGGUUUCAUCAGUGCCAUUCCAGCUAAUAUUCAGAUUUAUGACCAUCUGAAGAAGAUGGUGGAGAUUAACUUUUUAUGUGUGCAUAAGAAGCUGCGCUCUAAACGGGUGGCUCCAGUCCUGAUCCGGGAGAUCACCAGGAGAGUCAACCUUGAAGGCAGCUAUCAGGCUGUAUACACUGCAGGUGUGGUGUUGCCUAAACCUGUAGGUACUUGCAGGUACUGGCACAGGUCACUAAACCCACGCAAACUAGUAGAGGUGAAGUUCUCCCAUCUGAGCAGAAACAUGACUAUGCAGCGAACAAUGAAACUAUAUAGACUGCCAGAGACAACAAAAACGUCUGGUCUAAGACCAAUGGAGCGCAAGGAUGUGGAGAAUGUAUGCAGGCUGCUGAGGGAAUACCUGAAGCAGUUCUAUCUUACCCCAGCCAUGAACGAAGAGGAGGUCGCUCAUUGGUUCUUACCUCGGGAAAAUAUUAUAGAGACUUACGUGGUUGAGAGCCCUGAUGGCGAACUAACGGACUUCUUCAGUUUUUACACACUUCCUUCCACCAUCAUGCACCAUCCUGUUCACAAGAGCCUGAAGGCCGCUUACUCUUUUUAUAAUGUCCACACCAAGACACCUCUCGUUGACCUCAUGAAUGAUGGCCUCAUCCUUGCGAAGUCGAAAGGAUUUGAUGUUUUCAAUGCACUGGAUCUCAUGGAGAACAAAACCUUUCUAGAAAAGCUGAAGUUUGGAAUUGGCGAUGGCAACUUGCAGUAUUAUCUAUACAAUUGGAAGUGCCCUAGCAUGGCUGCUGAGAAGGUCGGACUUGUGCUGCAGUAAAGUUGCCAUCAUUGGAGCUGGAAAAAGCUACCAAUCAGCCAUAUCAGAAAUGUCCUCUGACCUCUGGCCUGACACCGCUGAACUUGGACACUCACAAGAAGUGUGAGGGAAUGGAGCCCAUGGAAUUCAGAGAGAGUUUAUGGAUUGUACCAUCCCACAGACAUUUAUUACCCUGCCCAACUCUGUCAAAAUCAAGAUUAUAUGCAUUAUACAUGAUUUUAAUAAAUGGAUUAGAACCAGUCAAAUUGGAGAAGGCAAUGUCAAGAGCGUGCAAAGAUUGAAGCCGUGUUUUUAUCUCUCGAGCUUUGACCACGAAUUCUCUCGUCCAAAAAAUUGCAUCGUCUAAAACAUGUCUCAUUUAUUAAAACUCUAAGAAUUGAAUUGCUUUA